AUGCCUCUGAAGCAUGUACUUGAAAUCCAGCAAGCUAGUUCUGGUAGGCAAAUAGUUGCUGGAAUUGAAGGCAAGUUUAUACAACUAAUAUCUAAAUCACUUGAUUUUCAGUAUCGCCUCGUCGUGCCUGAAGACAGAGAAUGGGGCCGUAUGAAAAAUGGUACCUGGACUGGCUUAAUUGGGAUGGUCGUCCGUGGCGAAGUUGACAUGGCUUUGACUUAUCUCUCCAUUACUGAAGAAAGAAUGAAAGCUGUUAAUUUCAGCACACCUUAUGUGUUGGAAGAUUUAACUUUUGCCACGAACUUACCGGGAUUCUUAAACGGAAUGACCUAUUUACGUCCGUUUCAACUCGAUGUCUGGCUGUGCUGCUUGGGACUUCUACUCAUUAUACCAGCAGUGUUCUGCUUCUUAUUGCAGCAGAAGUAUGGAUACUUUCAUUUGUUCAUCAAAUUCUACGGAAGCUGUUUUAAACAACCUUUGCUCAUCAAAGAAACUGCUUUUCACAUUAGGUUAUUAUUUGGUUGCUGGUGCUUCCUGUCAAUGUUUAUUUCACUUAGCUACACCGCACUUUUAGCUUCUUUUGUGACCUUACCCACGAUUGAAGAUCCUUUACGAAACCUCCAAGAACUGGCUGAAGCAGUAGCUAAAGGAAAUUACAAAUGCUUCAUCGCCAAGGGAUCUUCUGACUUAGAAAUGAUUCUGAACAGUGAAAACGAAAGUAUUAGACAGUUAGGUGCAAUAGUAGAAGAUCUCCAGUCAGGUGGUACGAUGCCGGUUUUCCAAAUUAAAUUGAAAAGAGUCAGGAUGGUUUCAAAUUCUAGGGAUAAGGUGGACAAGGAAUUCAAAAUGGAUCUUAUCGCCUCCAGGAGAUUUACCACAUGGAAGAUUUCAUAG